GCCACCAUCCGAGCCCGAGGUGGAACGGCGUCACAGUCUUCUCGUGUGUCCUUUUCGACGGAUAAACCACCACGCGACGAGAAUGGCGUUUCAUGUGGGUACCAGCGCGUCUUUGGUGGCGUCGACGACGACCGUGUUAGCGAUAAUAGCCGUCGUCUUCUGCUGCUCUCCGGUGGGAGCCAACGAGGACUGCCUGUGGUACGUGGACAAGAACGGCACGUGGCACAACGGCUUCGAUUGCCCGCUCAUCACCUUCUGCUGCGGCAACUGUCAGCGACGCUACUGCUGCUUGGACGCCUUCAAGAUGAUCACGGAGCGCGAGCAGAAGCGCUGCAUGCUCUUCCAGUUCAGUCCGACAACAUUAGCUGGCAUCGCCUCGUCAGUCCUGCUCUUCGUGGCCAUCAUUGCCACCAUGGUGUGUUGCUUCAUGUGUUCCUGCUGUUAUCUCUACCAGAGAAGGUUGCAGCGGGGCAGGACUCCUUACGACCCCCAGCAGAUCCCGAUGGCCAGCUACCCCGUGGAGCCACUGUACGACGCCUACGGAAAACCGCUGGGGCCGUCCGAGUAUCCGCAUGCGGGCUAUCCUAUGGCGCCCCAGUAUCCGGGAAUGCCCUCUCAGUAUCCCAUUAUGCAGUCCGGACAUUAUCCCCCUCCUCAUAUGGAUCCUGCUUACAGCCAAGGAGCGCGCCGUCCUCUAAACUUGGACAUGCACUUUCCCAGGAUUCCAAAGAAUGUCCCAGCCUCUCACCAGCCCACCGUCACAGGCCGCCCUCUUCGCAAGCAUGUGAGUCCGGAUCCACGCCUCGCUCUUUCUAGGACGUAUGGAAAUAAUUUUAUCUCGAAGCUGCUUGAUAUCCUGAUUUUUUUAUUUUUAUUUUUCUAUUUUCUAGCAAGAUCUUUUAUAAGUAUGUCCAGACGGAAGGUGAGAGGCCUGACCCGGAUGGGGCGGCAGGUGAGCGAGGACCCGGAUUUGGACACCCUGCUGUCCACGCUCUCCCCGGAGGAGAUGAAGGAGCUGGAGAAGGACAUGAUGAAGGUGCCCGACAUCAACACGGAGGACAGAGAGGUCGCCGUUCAAGGCGAGCACGCCGGAGGCAACAACCACCACCAGGACGGCAAAAGCUGCCACAAGGAGGCCUCACUCCAGGUUGAACCAAAGAAGGAAAGCCGGAAACAUGAUAACCUGAGGAAGAUGGGCCUAAGCCAAGAGGGCAAUGAAGACGCCGGAGUCCGAAGACGAGGAGAAAGCCAGGGCAAAGAUGGAGAGGGGAAAGCGCCAGAAUCCUCAAAGGAGGAAGAAAGUCAGCUCUCCAGCGACCUGAAGGAUGGAUACAAGGAGAAAACAGCAUGUGAGGACAGCAGGAUGACAGACAGGAGGGAGAACCGCGAGAGCAAAACAAGGGACGUGAUCUCCAAGCUGCAGGAGAAGAAGAAGGAGGACACCCGUAGGGAAGAUUGCAGGAGGAGGGAUGACACCAAGACCAAGGACAUCAUCUGCAGGCUACAGGAGAAGAGCGAGAAAGAAGGCGCCAAGGAGCGGGUGAGGCGAUCCGACAGCUUCAGGACGCAGGGGCUGGUCUCCAGGAUGCUAGAGAAGCAGAACAAAUCCCAGGAGAACCCGGUUCCCGAGGAGAAGAAGCCUGAGGAUGACGAUAAGAAAAAGAAGACAGCUCGAAGAGUAGAACGACAAGCCUCUGAGAAGGAGAAGGGAAUGAGAAGAGACGAAGAACUGUUCAACCACAGCGAUCACCUGAAAGAGAAGAAAACAGAAGAGGAGAAAGUGGACAACCGAGAAAAACUCGCCAACUGUGUGGCCCCUACCGCCAAAGUGAAGGAGGAAGAGACCGCCGAUGAAGACUCCAGCAUGUUCGACGAGCUCCUGGAGCAGGUCCGAGGCGAUGAGCCGUCCUUGGUGGAGCUCAACGUGAACAACUCGGAGGUGAUCAAGACCAAGACGCUCAUUGAGCUGGCCGAGGCGCUGCGGCACAACACUCACGUCAGGAGGGUGGCGCUGGCCAACUGCCGGGCCGACGACCACGUGGCGUACGCUGUCGCCGGAACCCUGCGCCACAACGCCACCAUCACCAGCAUCAACCUGGACUCCAACCAUCUCACCGGCAAGGGCAUCCUGGCCCUCAUACAGGCACUGCGCUACAACGCCACUCUCACCGAGCUGCGCUUCCAAAACCAGCGGCACAUCUGCGGAGGCAAGACGGAGAUGGAGAUGAUCAAGGUGCUGAAGGAAAACACCACCCUGCUCAAACUGGGCUACCACUUCGAGCUGGCAGGCCCCAGGAUGACCACCACUAACAUCCUGAGUCGCAACAUGGACCGCCAGCGUCAGAGGCGCUUGCAGGAGCAGAAGCAGGCCCAGGCCGGAAAUGGAAUCGACAAGAAGAAUGUUCUGGAGGUGCCCAAGAUGGGUGGCGGAGGCUCCCUGAGAAAUUCUACAACAUGGAGCUCUCCAAAGGCGUCCCCCAAACCGUCGCCAUUGCCUUCGCCGAUGCCUUCGCCCAAGCUGAGCCCUAAGAGGGGAGCAGUGGCUCCUCCGCCACCGCCCCCACACCCACCUGGGGGAGGGCCUCCACCUCCUCCGCCUCCCAUGCUGGAAGUGGACUCCCUGAGGAACUCUUUGACACCAGUGUCACGGAGGAGUCUGGACGGGAAGAGCCGAGGAGGUGCAAAGAACUCCAGGGACCAGCUGCUCGCCUCCAUCAGGGGGAGCAACAUCCAACAACUCAAGAAGGUGCCCAUACCCAAGUGGCUGCAAUGAGUUUUGCCACUAGCGUCUGGAACUUAAGAACAUGGGAGAACGGACAUCUCACCGCAAGCAGAUAAACCCUCCCUCGGACGCAGGGCCCAUCUUGCGGGAAUGACAGUCUUGACGACGAGGCCGCUUUAUUACCCUGAGUCCUCCCCACUGAACACUGGACCAAAAGGACCCCUGCAGAGAACGGGUGCCAUUUUGCAGUCAAGGAUUCAUAUCGCUCUUCGCUGGACAUUUGUUAUUUGCACUAAUAGGUACUAAAUGAAGUCCAUUUGUACAACAUAUUGGCUCGUGUAUGAAUAUGAGUGCCUGAGAAAACAGCUAAAGCGGGGUACACACAUACUGACUGACCCCACUCCCAAAACUAGAUUUAUGUUGUAGUACCUAGACUGACCUGUGAGAGGCAGCAUGGUGAAAAAAAUACUACUAGUAGAAGAAGAAUUUAGAAGUUAGGCUAACUGUUAGUUUGUCUAUGAACUACAUUUUGCCACUGUACAUAUUGAAUAAGUUCAACAUUUACGAUUGUCUGCCCUGAUCGUUUUCUGAGUAGAUCAAGGAGGAAAAAUCACUCUCAACACACCCCUCACCACAGGAUAAUCACUCAGGAUAAUCUUUGCGAUACAUUUGAUCAUCUGGUUUUUGCUGAUUUUGAUCAGAAGGGAAGGAAAAUGCGCAAAUAUGGCCCAGUUGUCGCUAUGUGUGUACCACGCUUUCAACAUUUACAGUUAGUGGCCCCGACCAGAUCAGGUAGGAAAAAUGAUUCUUAACACACCUCACACUACAGUAUAAUCCCUGGGGAUAAUCUGAUACAUCUGAUAAUCGGGGUUUUUCUGACUUUGAUCCUAAAUAGUGAAAGAUUUUCAAAUUUUGUCAGCAUGCGUAUACCCCGCUUUAGGCAUUUGAACCACUGUUAGUCAGCGCGUCCAAGCUGGGAUGAAAAUAUCAGGGAAUAUACCAACAUGACGGCCCGAUUUCAAGAAAGCAACGUAACGUGGCUACGGGAAAGAGAACGUAAAGGAUCGUACGUCUCAUGUCAACAAAUCUCAGGCGAAGUUGAUUCGGAGAAGCGCCAUUAAGGAAUUUGAGCUGGUCAAUAAUUACAUGUUAUCAGGAAGUCCAAAUCCAUGAGUGUUGUACAGAAUUGCUCUAGCUAACGGGAUUGAUAAUCGUUUGUAACUUUCAUGUAAUAUAGCUUCUGUGUUUUUAAGGCUUAUAUGAAGCUUCCUGAUGAUUGAUGCCAUAUCUUUUGAGCGAAUGUCCUUUCUUCAAUGUCAUUGCACUUACUCUUUGUGCAAUGUAGAUUUUUGUUUUUCAUUUGCGAUGACACACCUUUCUUACAGAGCCUGUAAGUCUUUAAUAAAAUGCCUCACUAUGUCGCCAUUGACUCAUAAAGGUCUUCCGUAUAGAUUUGUUUGUCUAUUAACAUCUAUUAUU